AUGGAUUAUCGUUCGGAAAAUCUGCGAUAUUCUGGAGUCGGAGUUCCAAUGUUCGAGCUGUUCGUGAAGAAAUCCAACGUGAAAUUGCUGAUCCGUGUGAAGGCGGAUAUUUCUGUUGGAGAAUGGAAAUCUCAACUUUCAGAAUACUUCAAUUUUCCCGUCCAGUCAACAAUUUAUCUCAUAUUCGCUGGAAGAAUUCUUGUUGACUGUGAAACCCUUGUGGAAGUUGGACUGACUUCCGGUCUUACUGUUCAUUGUGUGGUGAAAACUGCUCCAGCGCUCUCAGAUGACAGCAUAAGUGAUGGAAGCACGGAUCCUGCUGGAUAUCUGCAACCGUCUACGAGUGGCAUUGAAUUCUCGAAGAAACGUUCCGCACAUGCUCCGAAGCGAUGUCGCAGAGCGUCGAAGAAACUUGUGCAUCGUGCUCUGAUGUGGAUUCUAAAGACCGAUGAAAAUGCAGUAUUAGCGGCUCUCUCCAAGAGACCGGCGAUCUUCGAAUUGUUGGCCAAUAAUAAUCAACUGAUCAAAGCAUUCCUGGAUUCCGUCCAACACAGAAUGCUGCUCAUGAGUAAACGAGCAGCCGAUUCGGAGUUUUUACGUCGUCGAGACCGAGCCCUCUCGAUACUUGAGUCUACACCGAGUGGAUUUGCUCUUCUGAAACGGAGAUACUUGGAAAUUCAAGAACCCUUUUCGAUGGCCGUGCAGGAACAGCUUGAUAGUGUUCAUCAACCACUUUAUUUUGAUCGGCAACCUCCGACUGAAACUCGUCCAAUGCGUGUCGAAUGCUGCGUCCCGAUGCCAAACCCGUGGAAGGAUCCGAACAAUUCGGUUCUCGGCGAGAGUUCUCUCACUGAAUUUUUCCAGGCGUUCAUUGCUCUUCUGAGUAAGUUGAGUCUACGUCAUGCUUGGAUAAUACACGAAAAGAUGAGAUUGAAGACGAAAACUUUUCGGUUCUCUGAAAGUUUAUCUCAUCAAGGGGCAUCUUCUUCUAUUGAGGGUAACAUGAAGAGUCUUGAGUCGGAGCCUGCGUCCAAUGAGCCGCAGUUACCAAUAGUCAAUCAAUCUUCGCCGGAUUUCGAUGCAUUUUCUUCGAAGGAUAGUGAAACUGCGUCGAUUGCCUUGGAAAGUCAAUACGGAGCGCAGUUGAAUCAGAUGCUGUCGAUGGGAUUUGGAAACCGCGAAGAGAAUCUUCAAGCUCUUGGAGAGAUGUGUGGAAACGUAGAAGCCGCAGUCGCACAUCUUGCAAUGGGCCAGAAAUGGCUUUUAGCGACCGUUUGUUGGUCUUCUGCUUCCUUAUUCACCUCGUUCUUCGAUGGCACCCCGACGCAAAUAGCGUUUUUAUGCCUCGCGAUUCUCGCCAUUGUCCUGCUUCGCGGUUUUAAAGACCCGGAUAUUUUCGGCGUUGUUUGGCGGGCAGUGUUGAUCGGGGUCGGAACAGGCAUUGGACUAGUUCUUGUCGGACACCGGAAUAAUCCGAAUGUUCAGCAAUUCGGUGUUCACCUCGUGCUCGUUUCGUGUUUUCAUGUGUCCGAGUUCGUCUUCACGAGUUUUGUGGCCGGGCCCGAGGAUGAAAUUUCGACGAACUCGUUUUUGCUCAACCACAGCGUCGAGUAUGGAAUUGCAUCAGUUGCGGCAUUGGUUGAGUUUGUGUUGGAGUUGUAUGUUAUACCAGCUUGGAAGGUGAACGACUUCUGUCUGAUGCUGGGCUUAUGCAUGUGUCUCGCUGGGGAAACUGUACGAAAGCUAGCGAUUGUCACCGCUGGCUCCAACUUCAAUCACAUUGUUCAAACCGAUAAGAAAGUCGGACAUGAGCUGAUAACAUCGGGGAUUUACGGACUGUGUAGGCAUCCCAGCUAUUUGGGAUGGUAUUUAUGGGCUCUUGGAACCCAGGUCGUUCUCAUGAACCCACUUUGUUUCCUGGCGUACGCACUGAUCUCUUGGAGGUUCUUCAGAAGCCGGAUAGAAUGUGAAGAAGUUUCUCUUCUUUACUUCUUCGGAAGACGAUACCGAGAAUACCAAAACCGCGUUUGGUCGGGAAUUCCGUACGUGUCUGGUUACGUCGGGCCACAUCCAUUGGUCGACGAUGACUUCCGCAUCACAAUAAACGGUUGCGGGAGUGUUGAGAAAAAUUCGACGUGUGUGAGCAUGGCUCGAAGGUCGCGUUCGUUCGACAGCGAUUUGUCGGACGAAAGUCCGCCGCCGCGAAGAAGCAGCCGGAAGCGAUCCAGAAUGGACCUGGGCAGGGAUCGUUCGCCGUACUCUCCGCCGCCGCGAAGUUAUCGGUCGCCGCAUGAGGAAGACUUUUACGCUGGUCCUUCGUCUCGCGGCACUUACCGGGCGUUGUGCGUGACUCAUAUUGAUGAAAAGGUAUCGGACGAAAUUUUGAAAGACGCGUUGUACAAGGAGUUCCGGCGCUUCGGCGAUGUCACCAUACGAGUUAUGCAUGAACCUGACGAGCGAAUCGCAUACAUCACCUACAAAUCAUCGGACGAUGCGCAUUACGCGAGGAAGAACAAGCCUAGGAUAAUGUUCUACAACAAACCCAUCGUCGUGCAACCGGUUUACGAGUCUACUUCAGCUUCGUAUCCGAGGCCCAGUAGCAGGGCUUAUUCUCCGCUUCCGUACGACAGCCGUGCUCCUCCAAGUUAUGAUGGGAGAGGUGGCCCGCCACCGUCUGUGCCUCCUGUCGAUCCUUACCGUUAUCCGCCUUCAGCUUAUCCGUACGAAAGUGGAUACAGACCACCGCCGCCGAUGCCUGGCGGAGGAAGAUUUCCUCCGCCGAUGGUGGGUCGUUUCCCUCCUCCACCAGGCUCGUUGAUCCCACCUGGUCCUUUGGGUGGUCCUGGACUUCCUCCGACGCAAAGACGCUCACUCAACAAGAAGGACCGGUUUCCGAACUAUCUGCAACAUUUGGCCCCAGAAGAAGAUCCGUUGGCAACAAGAACUUUGUUUGCGGGGAACUUGGAUGUGAGCAUUAGCGACGACGAAGUCCGACGUAUUUUCGGCAGAUACGGUAAGCUGGAGGACGUGGAUAUCAAAAGACCUCCACCGGAUACCGGCAACGCGUACGCCUUUCUACGCUACGAAAACUUGGACAUGGCACACCAGGCGAAAAUCAGUCUCUCUGGUCAAUACAUCGGCAAGUUUUUGUGCAAAAUCGGCUACGGAAAGCCCGUGCCGACGGUGAAAGUUUGGGUUGGCGGGUUGGGUGACUGGUGCACUCAGCAACUUUUGGAGAGUGAGUUUGACCGGUUUGGAGCGAUCAAAGAACUGCAGUACGAACCUGGAGCCACGUCGGCGGCGAUCACUUACGACUCUAUCGAGGCCGCUAAAGCAGCCGUGGCGGCCAUGCGUGGGUUCGCCCUGGGUGGUUCGCAGAAUAAGAUCAGGAUCGAUUAUUUGCACGUGGAUGGACAAAGUGAUCCGGCGUCCGGGAAGUCUGGAUCGACGAGCAACGGCGGCAAGUCCGAGGGUCGGUCUCAGGUUCCGCCGCCGCCUGGGGAAGAAGCUGGAGGAGGAGAUUAUGAACCCGUUGGCAGGGAUUCCGGAGUGCCGCGUGGAGGUGGUCACAUGCGCGGGAGAGGGAUGGGUCGUGGACGCGGUUUGGGAUUCCCACCGCGUCCCAUGGGUGGGUAUCGUCCGCCACCGGUGCCCCCGAUGUACGAUCCUUAUGGCAUCCCAUCGCACCGUCCUCCGGGCCCGCCGCCGCCACCGCAUCUGGUCCCUCCGCCGAUGCAUGGCCCGCCACCGGCCGGCCCGCCGCCGCACCAUCGCCAUUUGCCGCCUCCGCCGCCGCAUUCCAUGCGUGCGCACACGCCGCCCGAAGUGGAAUACGACCACUUGCCGAGAUCGUAUCGUCCGCGAAGUCCGUAUAGCCCGCCUAGGGGAUGGUCCAUGUCCCCGCCACCGCCGUCGAUUCAUCAUCACCACUCCCGACGCCCGAGAAGUCCGCCGCCGAUUCCGAGAGGCCCGGAACGCGUGGACGACCUGAGAAUCGCCGUGGAUGUCGAACGGGUCUUGCCCGUCUGCUGGGAAGGAGGAAUUGUGUUGAAAAACUCGAUUUUUGCCACGAAAUUGCACAUGGUGCGCGGUGAGCGUGGCGCUGUUCGUGGGCUUGAUCAAGUUAUGAAAAUUGCCCAGCGACUGCGACUGGACCCGACGAAACUCGAUGACGUUAGACGCCGCCUGAGUAUGAGCCCAGGCCAUGCGGUGUUCAUCGGCUUGUCCACGUCAACGCCGGCGCCGCCUCAGGACGAUCCAUCCAUUAUCGAGCGUCCGCUCAAGCACCUCGUGGGCUAUCUGAAGCAAAAGGACGCCGCCGGGGUGGUCUCUUUGCAGACCCCGAGUGGUAUCCCAACGGGAGUCGUUUAUGCUUUCCCACCUUGUAGGUUCUCGUUCGAGUUGCUGCGCGUAUCGUCUCCGCAUCUUAUCGAGGACGAUGACGUGGAAGACCACGUCGUGGUGGUCAUGGUGGCUGGGUCUAUGUGA